AUGGAUACAAACCCUAGCCAUGCGGAGCAUCCAAAUUUUCCUGAGAGAAUGUUUGCGAUUGGAGAGGAACCAGUUGGUAUUAGAGUCACACCUUAUCAUAAACCUUCUGUCAUCUCCAAAAUCUUCAACGCUCUUGAAGAAGAUGAGAUCCGUUUCAUCAGAGAUUCAUCGUUUGGUAAACUAAUAGAAAUAGCCGAGAAACCUUCAUUUUCUGGUAGGUUCGGGCGUUUUCUUUUCUCACGUCAAUUGAAAGUUUUAAAGAAGCGGGAAGUUUGGUUUCUCUUCGCUGGGAAACCGAUUAGAUUAUCUAUUCGGGAGUUUGCGUUAGUCACCGGUCUCAAUUACCGCAACUACCCUCCCCAUUGCAAGAAGAGGAGCAAGAAGUUCCUUACGGAGAAGCCGUAUUGGCUAGAUUUAUUCGGCACCAUGACUGAAGUCCCUGCUUCCCAUGUCGUUACGAUGCUUAAAAAGAAGACGGUGACCGAUUUAGUGAUUAGGAUCAAGUACGCUCUCCUCGCUCUGCUUGCGGCUGUAAUCCUUCCGAUGUCUCACAACCCCCGCAUUUCACAUGCAUUCACUGAGAAGAUAAAAGAUCUCGAUCAGUUCUUGGCAUAUCCUUGGGGCCGCGCAUCUUUUGAUAUGCUAAUUGGCAGCAUUAAAGAAAGAAAUGAGGUUACUUUAUCGCAGAACACAAUUGCGUUUAAAGGCUUUGUUUUGGCCGUUCAGCUCGUGCUCAUUGAAGUCGUUCCUUCACUUAUGGGUGUUGUAAGAGAUGGUGGUUCCUCUGGUUCAGAAGCAGAUUCUGCAGAUGAUGAAGAAAUCUGUGUCGAUGAUGAUGAAGGGAUGAAUAGUAUCAACACGAGCCAUGUUCCUGACAUUGAUUCAGCAUGCAAGGCGCAUGUUAUCUCCAUUAUAUCACCGGGUGUUGAAAUUCCCAAUCUCGAGUCUGAAAUUUCAGUAUCAGACGAUGAAGUAGAUGAAAAAGUCGACAAUCUUGUCUCUGCUGUCGAAGCCUGUUUUCCAUUUGCCAACUCUCAUUUCAAGGGUGGGGUGACCGUAGCCGACGUUAACCGUAUGCGUCAAGAAGGCAAAAAAGAUAACUUAAAUCGCAAAACCUCGAGACCCAACCAGAAUCAAACUCCGCCAGGUGGCUUUGAUGCUGAGCACGUAGCAAAGAUUGUGAAAAAUAGCGUCUCAGAAGAUCUAAGCAAGAUGGCUCAACACAUAAAAGACAUUGCUGUGUCAAUGGGUAAUUCACAAAACCUAUUCCAGAAAAAUAUGCAAGACAUGUUUCAAAACUUCCAGAAAGAGAUCGAGGAGAAGAUUAGCACCCUUUCCAGACGCCCCAUUAUUGGUGAAGCCGUUCAUACUGAUCAUGUUAACACCAGCACAGCGAACAUCCACGCUGGAGGCGGCACUUCUUUUGAUGCGGCUGGAAUAAUAGAGAACGCUAUGCGUUUUGCUAACCACCAAUCAACCCAGGCUGGGAAUCCAUCGUCAGAAGAUAUCGGGUGUGCUGGAGGUGUACAUGUUGAUGGAAAGAUUGGCGACCCUAUCACGGAAGAAGAGGAAAAUGAGGGCGAGGCAAGCCCGGAGGAAAGCGUUAGAAACGCGGACAUUCCUGCUGAAUUAUGCGAGGAUCAAGAAGACCACAUUUGCGAAGAUGUCAGGACAGGUGAUGAAGCUCAGGGAGGCAGUGCUGUUGCUAGAGAAGCCCCGGCACAAAGUGUCCUCACACACCCUCCAAACCCCACUGUUACAGAGGCUGAUGAACUUAACCGCAGCUUAGUAUCUCCCAGCGUCGUCAUUCCUGCUAAUGUUAAUAAGGUUGCGACUGGAACCGGCCUGUCAUUUCCGGAUCCCUCUUUCUCAAUUGGGCUUACACAACUCAACGAACCAGAUGUUGAUGAUGCGGAUCCUGCAGUCGAUCCAGGGAUGGAGGAAGAGCCAUUGCAGGACAUUGAUAACCAUUGUGACAAGAGGAUUCUCACUCGCUCAUGGGAAUCUUAUGUUAAUGGCAUUUGCAUUACAGGCAUAGAUUACGCCGCUAAAUUGGCAAUGUUAUCAGAAAAACUGGCGUCACCAUUUGUAAUCGAUGUUGGUAGCCUCAGCCUCGAAAGUAAUAAGCUGUUGGCAAUUGUUGAAAGGACAUCUCAUUUGCCCGCUAAGGUUCUGGAUGUGCUUAUUAGUCACACCCGUUCUGUUUUUCAUGCAAAUCCAGAACACUUGCAGGACAAGAACUCUGUUUUCUUAGACGCUAAGUUUGUCUCCCAACUUGCUAAGUCUUUUGCCAAGUUCUCUAAGUCUCAAAAGAAAGAUAAUGUUCGAUUCCCAGCUGCGUUGUGCUCUUUAGUCGCUCGGGAGUGUCCAAUCUCGGAAGCAACCCGGUUCUAUUUCCCGUUCAAUUUUGAUAAACAGCACUGGGUGGGCGUAUACGUCGACUGUUCCCUAUCUCAGGUUAUAUUGCUCGACUGUAACACCGGGAUCAAGACGGACGCAUCGAUCGCCAAAGACCUGAGGCCCAUCACACAAAUGUUUCCCUACAUUCUCAGACAAGCUGGAAAACAACUUUCUGCGAAGGAGAUGAAGCCCCUAACGGUUGAUAGAUCACGAGGUGUGCCCCAAAACAACAAUAUGGUCGAAUCUGGCAUCACAAGUAUUCUGCUAAUCCAAGCCCACGCUGUAGGGGGUAUUGAUGUGUGCCAAUGUAUCACUCCCGAAGUGGUAGCGACGGAGGCCGAACGAGCUGCUGUCAUGAUCUACGAGGAAAAUGUUGAAGUUCUCUGA